UGGUAAUCUCUUUCAACGACUUCAAGAAGAAAGUGCUGAUCAGGUCUUAACAUGGGAAGUAAGAGUUGGAAUUGCUAAAGAUGUAGCCCGAGGUCUCUCAUACCUUCACUCUGUGGCUUCACCUCCUGUUUUUCACAAAGACAUCAAGUCUGCGAACAUCAUGAUUGACGAGAAUUUCCGAGGAAAGUUGGCAGACUUCGGUACGUCUAGAGUGAUAGCUGGUGACCACAUGAGCCACAUGACGUCGGUGGUUUCGGGUACUCCUGGCUACGUUGACCCCCAGUACCAACAGUCCGGCAGAUACACUGAAAAGAGUGACGCGUAUAGCUACGGCGUCGUUUUGGCUGAGUUGAUAACUGGACGAAGACCAUAUUUCCAAGGAAACAGUACUUUAGCAUCUUUCUUCCUCCACGCAAUGAAAGAGAAGAGACUUUUGGACAUUUUGGAUCCUCGAAUCAGAAACGAUUGUGACCUCGAACAAGUCAUGGUGAUGGCCAACAUUGCGAGUUCGUGUCUGAAUCUCGAGGGGGAGAAACGCCCAACGAUGAUACUCAUCUCCCUGGAACUGGAACAUACUUUUUCUUCCCAUCCGGAUACCAAAACCACGGGGAAUGACAAGGAAGAAGUUGCAGAAGCUAGCGGAAGAAGCAGAGAACCGCUGAGCAUUGAUGUCGCUUCAACUUCAACUUCGUAAUACGAACUCUCGUGAAGCUAUGCGUGGUCCGAUGAUGCUGAACCCUCAUUUCCUCCUCAAACAUGACCCAAUAUCUGAUGUUGCACUUAUCAAAAAGAAAAAAACUAUCUGAUGUUGUUUGUUAACUAUGAAAUUUACGUAUGCUUCUUUUUAUUCUUUUUCAUUUUGAAUAUUAUAUGGUAAAGUGUUUCUCCAGAGCAUGCAGACAUAAUCAUAUUACGGAUAUUUGGUGAUUAUGAUAAGUUAUUAUUUAUGCUUUAAAAAGUCUGAGCAAUCAAGUUUCUAAAGUUUCUGAGGCAUUUGAUGUUCUCAGGCUAUCUGCUGAUGCACCUGAUCAUGAUCUCGGUUUCUCUACCAUCGACUGAAAUCUCCACCCUCUAUUUUCUUUCCCUAGUUUUAUAUUAUGGUGCCUUUCUUUAGUCUUUUUAGCAACUUUCUAUUUAUUAAAACUUAGUUUAUGGUUUUGAGACUUUUAACUUAAUAUUUGGUCCAUUUUAUUUUAGAGUUUAUGUUCCGGAUCCGGACGAUGAUGAUUUUCUUAAUAAUGUCAUUAACCAGAAAUGAAUUUAUUCGAAUGAGUCCUACUUGAAUUUGUGGUUUGCAUUCAACAUUCUUGAUUUCAGUUGUGUAUGUGCACAAACUUAUAUUUUAAUGGUUUUUAAACUGGAAACAACCAGAAAUGAUUUCGUUUCAUAAUAAUAAAUGUUUGAUAUAUUUGGUUUAUGUUGAUCGCAUAUUCACUGAAUCAUAACAAGAAUCUAGUUCAAUUAGUUUAUUAUAUGUUGACUAUAUAUAUAAUAAUAGUACUAUUAUACAUAUUAGCUGAGUCUUCUUAAAUUUUUCUGUUUAUUUACUAAAAGUGAGUCUUCUUAGAUUUAUUUAAAAAAUGUGAGAUGAUUGAUACAUGAAUGAAUGAACAACCUCUAUUCAUGUGAAAGACAUUAUUAAAACUCAACAUUAGUGCUCUAGUUUCAAAUUGACAAUACUUUAGCACGGAAAGAAGACUUUUAAAAGAUGACUGAAUAAAAAUUGACAAUUUUGCAGAGGCUGCAACAAUUACAAAGCAUGUAAAGAUAAAUGGGGCCAUCUAACGAGUAUAUAGGCUGGGAUUGACUCGGCGCUUAAUCAUACGCGCCGAAUCUUAGCAAUUCUAGAGAUACUCUUUUCAUUGAAACCAUCUUCUGUGUGGAGGUACUUACAAUUCUAGUGAGAUAGCCGCACCUCAUAUUUCUGAACUGUUCAGACGUUCAAAGGACUUAUUUGAGACAUGUAAUAGCGGGGCAUGUAAAUUCAUAAAAGAGCAUCGUCAUUGUAUAAUCUCAUUGAUGUUCACAAGCAAAGUUGUCACAUCCAUUGUCAACAAAGCUGAACCUAUAGAAGCCUGCCUAAUUAAGAAUGCACCAUUCCAGAAGGAUUAUCUAACCAUUCUUAACUAUUUUAAGAAUGCACCACAUGCUUUGGUACAGCAGUGACGUCCAUGUCAUUUAAUGAAAUGACUCCAAGAGGCAACAAUAAGUAUGCUAGACAAUCAGAUGAAAACUCAGGAACUAGAUCCUCAGAGAAGUGUAUCAAACAUUUUCCUCUUAGAUGCUUCUGAUCUAGCCAACUUCCCCACAGCUAAUAUAGGCUCAGGGUUUAAUUAUUUUGGUACACAAGGUCUUUUGAGGUCAACCGGAGCUUUCUUUCUCAGUUGCUCUUCAGGUCUUCUCUCGAUCACAGCCGGUGCAGAUUUUGGUGUGUUGUCUUUAAUUACUUAGUGAAGUAUGGUAGUGGCCAUGUUAUAAUAACUAGUAACUGUCAGUUAUGAUUUGAUUAAUUUGUCUUUAACUACCUAUUUUUAGCAUGUAACUAAUUGAUAAUUAUGUAAUAUUCUCUAAUUUAUAUUAUUUGAUAUUAUUGGCCAGCCUUGCUUUUCGACAAUUGAACUCUCUUCAGGCCAUAUAGAAAUAAUUGGUUUAUGUUUAUAAAUUUAGAUAAAUCCAUUAAAAUUAUUUUAUAAUUAAGCGAAAAACACUCUUUCCAUGUAAUUUGUUAUGUUUAAAUACUACACCUUUGAUGUUCUCAGAUUCAUACUAAUUCAAAAAUAUAUUUUUUUUUUGGUUCAAAAAAAAUGAAGAAUCUCAUAUUUUUUGUGUCAGUUACUGCUAUGUAUGUUGGAUUGAGUGAAGCGCUACCACCAACAAAAGAUUGCAACGAUCGCACGAUAGAAUUUCAAAACAAACUCGGUCCUGGUAAGAUUCUGGGAUAUUCGUGUGAUUGGGUUACACGUCGUAAUUUUCCUAGAAAUGGAACUUUAAAAUUUAACGAAAAAUAUGUAUAUGAUGGAGCGACGAACGUUCCAAAAUGGAGUUGUUUUUUGCGGGCUAAAGGACUUUAUUAUCCAUUGAUAGUAGAAUUAUCACCUCCGACACCUCCAUGUAAUAAUGGGUUGCGCUCAUGGAUUGUUAAAAGCGAUGGAAUUUACUUUGAGAGAAAUGGAAAAAAACCUAUGAAACUAGUGGGUCGAUGGAAAAGUGGUCCCUACUAACGUCCCUUAAAACUAAUUAAUGUUUAUGAAAAUCGAGUUUUUAUUUUUGUUGUCAUUUCAGCCAAGUUAUCUUUCGAGCUUGGUAUUAGAAGCUAUAUAUAUACACCAAAAUAUUGUAAUAAAAUAUGAGUCUCAUGUAUAUUUACGUAUACUAUAUUUGAUUCUUUAAGGAAGAAAGUAUAUGUACUUAGCCGUUUGAUAAAAAAAAGUCUAUGUACUUUCACGGUCUCUCGUCGAAAUGAAACUGAGAUCUUGCAGGAGAAAACUGGUCAUUAAAUUUGUAACAACAAAAUAUGGAUGUAUUUACCAACUGCCAGUUGGAAAUCCGUUGGAUAAGAUCUUUUUGUCGAACUUCUAACGGAUUUGAGAUAGGCCUGGGCAUUUCGGAUAUCGGUUCGGUUCGGUUCGGAUAUUUAGGGUUUCGGAUAGUUCGGAUAGGAGCUAGGGUAUCCUUUUAGUACUUGAUCUAUUUUCGGUACGGUUCGGAUAGUUCCGGGUUCGGUUCGGUUCGGAUAGUAAAUGUAGGAACCGGAAAAUAUCCGGAAAAAGUUUGCUUCUCAUUUGGAUCCGGUUCGGGUUCGGAUAGUUCGGGUAGUUCGGAUAAUUAGGAUAAAAUAUCAUGUAAUUAGGAUGAUUUAGAUAAAAAUUUCGGAUAUUUCAGAUUAUUUUGGAUAUUUCGGAUAAAACUAUCCGGAUAGUUUCGGAUACUUUCGGGUAGUUCGGAUACUUUAUAAAAUUUAGUUAUCUUCAACUAUUUUCAGAUACUUUUAAUAGAAUUUUAAAUUAAAAAUAGAUAUUUAUUUAUGUUAUAUGUAUAUAUAAUUAAUAGUUUUAUAUAUUCGGAUACCCGUUCGGUUCUCGUUUCGGUUAUUUCGAAUAUAAAAAUAUAGAAACUAUUCGGGUAUUUGAGGGUAUUAAUCCGGUUCCGAUUUCGGGUAUUUCAGUUCCGGUUCGGUUCCGGUUAUUAUGCCCAUUUUUUAUCGAUUCACAACAAAAGUUGAUCUCAUUGUCUCAGGACUACAUGAUGCACUCUCAUUUUGUAAUGCUAUGUUUGUUCUUAACACGUAAGCAUUGAUAUUUGUUUGGUUUAUUGUGCAUGAGGACAUCUCUAUCUCCAUUUCAUAAUUUACUU